AUGAUACCACUUCACCACCGUCCUGCUUGGCUUGCCCAUGGUAACGCCGCCGCCUCCGGCGGCAGGACCAGAGUGACGCUCCUGACGACGGGCCUCGUCCUGGCACUCGCCCUGUUUCUCCUCCGGGACCUGCUGCGCACGUCGUGGACGCUGGCGGCGCUGCGCGUCGACUGGCGCGAGCGAGCGAGCGGCUUCCUCCUCUCGGACGAGGACGGAUUCGACAUCACAUUCGCCAACUACAGCCGCGGGCAGCUCUCGGCCGCGCCCUACCAUGACGUGAUCCCGCCCGUCUUGCACCACAUCGCCCUUGGCAUGCCCCGGACCGGGUGGCCGCCGGAGUGGGAGGAGACGGUGCGGAGCUGCCUCGAGCUUCAUCCGGGCUGGACGGCACACCUCUGGACCGACGAGAACGCGGCCUCGUUCGUGGCCGACAGGUUCCCCGAGCUGUACGACAUGUGGGAGAGCUACCCGUACCCGAUCGAGCGCGUCGACGCCCUGCGGUACAUGGUGCUGCACGAGUACGGCGGCGCCAUCCUCGACAUGGACCUUCGGUGCCGACGAGGGCUCGGUCCGCUUCGCCGCUUCGAGUUCGUCGCCCCCGAGGCCCACCCGACCGGGUUCUCCAUCAGCUUCCUCAUGGCGAGCCGGCAUAACACCUUCGUCCGCGACGUUCUUCGUCACCUGACCGAAUACAACCGGCGCUGGCUAGGGCUGCCGUACCCGACCGUCAUGUUCAGCACCGGCGGUCACUUUGCCUCCGUCAUCCACGCCGCCCAGCCGGACCGCUCGCCGCUCAAGAUCCUCCCGGGGCCGCUGCACAGCCUCAACGGCCGGGUAACGACGCCCUUGUUCGAGCAUCUCGGCAGCUCGUCAUGGCACUCGUACGACGCCCAGCUCAUCACCAGCCUCGGCGCCUCGGCAAGGUUCCAACUGCUGCUACUCUUGGGCCUCUUCCUCUCGCUGGGCCUGUUCCUGCGCUGGCGGAGAACGUUUCGUCUGUAA